AUGUCUGAUAAGCUAUUUUCUUACCCGGAAUUACAUGCGUCCUACUUGCCAAAUCCUCUGACAACAGGUAUGGACGUGACCCUGACAUGUGACACGACUCUCAGCCCAAACAGAUCGGCCACGGAAUUACAGUUUGCUUUCUACAGAGACGGGCAGAAUGUGCAGGAAUUUGGUUCAUCCAAUAAAUACCAGAUUCAGUCAAUUCAACCAGUAGAUUUUGGAUAUUUUACCUGUGAAGUGAAAACUGUAACCAACAGUGUGAGGAAAAAGAGCAGAAUAAUAUAUGUCAGGAAACAAGAUUUGUUCUCUUUCCCCAGAAUUAAAGUUAGCCCACAGGAGGUGACAGAAGAUGUGGAGAUGACCCUGACAUGUUACACAAGUUAUAGCUAUGUCACAGGCCAGCUAUUUGCUUUCUACAGAGAUGGAGAGAUGGUACAGGCAUUCAGUUCAUCCAAUAAGUUCCAGGUUCAGUCAGUUAAGCUGAAGGACUCUCGAAAUUAUACCUGUGAGAUCACAACAUCAAACUACAAUGUAAAGAAGAGAAGCCGUGUGUUACAUAUCCAGAUACAAGAGCUGUUCUCAUUCCCCCAAAUUGAACUGAGCCCACAAGUAAUGAUAGAACGUGAGAAGAUGACCCUGACCUGUAACAUAACUGCACGAGAUUCCGCGAACCUGCUAUUUGCUUUCUACAGAGAUGGAGAGAUGGUCCAGGGAUUCAGUCCAUCCAAUAAGUACCAGGUUCAGGCAGUUAAGCUGGAGGACUCAGGAAAUUAUACCUGUGAGGUCAGAACCUCAAACUACAACGUAAAGAAAAAAAGCCGGGUGUUACAUAUCCAAAUAUUAGGGCCCACAAGUCAGACAUACUGGCAGACAAUUCUCAUUACCUGUCUGUCGGUUCUACUGCUCAUUGUGGUAAUCCUUGCUUUUGUGUUUAGACACAAACUUGUUCAAGCUGUUCGUAAGCAAUACCGGUACCAGCCAAAAAGAGGUGUGUCACGCAAUGCCAAGGAGAAAAGACAUCAGCAAAGUCACAUCUCUGACUCUUUGGACCUAAAGUUCAUCACAGUACAACUAGAAAAAGACUGA